CAAGAAUAAAUAUCAAUGGGAGAAGGAAACCAAACUUUUGUGGCUGAAUUUAUCUUGCUGGGAUUAUCGCAGGAUCCAAAGAUUCAGAUCUUGCUGUUCUGUGUUUUCCUGAUCAUUUACCUUCUCUCUGUAUUUGGAAACCUGCUCAUCAUAAACCUUAUCCAAACUGAUUCUCGACUUCACACUCCCAUGUACUUUUUCCUCAAAAACUUGUCCUUUGCUGACCUUUGCUUCUCUACAAGCAUUGUUCCCCAGAUGUUGGCCCACUUCCUGGUAAAAAAGAAAACCAUUUCCUUUGCUGGGUGUUCACUCCAGAUAGUUGUCUUCCUCCUGGCAGGGUGUACGGAGUGUGCACUGCUGGCGGUGAUGUCCUAUGACCGCUAUGUGGCUGUCUGCAAGCCCCUGCACUAUUCUACUAUCAUGACCCAGAGGGUUUGUGUCCAGUUGGCCAUAGUGUCCUGGAUCAGUGGGGCAUUUGUCUGUUCAGUGGACAGUGCAUUUACACUGUGUCUCCCCUACCAGGGACAGAAUGUAAUUAAUCAUUAUUUUUGUGAACCUCCUGCCCUCCUGAAGCUGGCUUCAGCUGACACCUACGAUGCUGAGGUGGCCCUCUUUGCCAUGGGUAUAAUUAUUCUCUUGGCACCUGUCUCCCUCAUCCUGGUCUCCUACUGGAAUAUUAUCUCCACUGUGAUUCGGAUGCAGUCAGGGAAGGGGAGACUCAAGGUCUUCUCUACUUGUGGCUCCCAUCUCACUGUUGUGGUUCUCUACUAUGGCUCUGGAAUAUUUGCCUACAUGAGACCCAAUUCCAAGACAAUGAGUGAAAAGGAUAAGGUCAUCUCUGUGUUCUAUUCUGUUAUGACUUCCAUGUUGAACCCCAUGAUUUACAGCCUGAGGAACAAGGAUGUGAAAGGGGCUCUGAGGAAGCUGGCGGGCAGAUAGUCCACUUUCAGAGGCAGUGAUUUCUGACAUUUUCAAAAAAGUACUUAGGGCAUUGUGAUUGACAACAAUAGAUCUACUAGCCCCAGGCGUCCUUUCCUCUCUUUGUUUUAUUUCUCUCAGUUGAUUUUCUUCCCUACAGAUAUUCAUUAAAUGCCUGCUCUGCGCGAACAGCACACCCAGAACCUCACAAUACAAGUAAAACUUAGUGUCUUUCUUAAAAUAACUUGAAAUCCACAGGAUAACACAAAUAUAAAGAUGAUGCUUUAUGAUACUUCAAUGAAAAGAUUCAGAAGACAGAGGGCAGACUUAGCCACCAAGAGGAAAAGAUAUCAUCCUAUUAGCUACCCCAGAGUGACAUAGAAACAGUACAAAACGAGGGUAGUUGUCCCUAGAAAGGCUUUCAUCAAGACCACUUGGUUCUAGGC